CCUUCUUGGAGCAGGGGAAGGAGCCCUGGUUGGUUGACAGAGAACUAACAAGAGACCAGUGGCCAGGCUUUGAAGUCAUUAAGAAUGCCUUGGCCUGCCACAACUGAGGAGCUCUUCACAUUCAGAAGCCCACCUGCUCAUGACGGAGGUGAUGGAGAUGCGCCCGCGGUUCCGACACUGCGGCGCUCUUGAACCUGCGGGGACUCCUCGGGACAAAGAGCUGGGAACUCCGCCCCGGCUGAAGCCCGCCCAGACCUCCGCCUCACUCAGCUACGGGCGGGGUAGAUGCUAGACGCCCGGCGGCCGGCCGCGCCGGCGCACUCAGUGCCUACAACGCGAGUUCCCAGCAGCCUCCGCGCGCGGCGGGUUAAGCCGCUGGGGGAUGUGUGUGGACCUGCCGGUUCCGUCCUGUUCUCGCUUACACCGAGCAUCACCGUGAGGCAGGCGCGACGUCCCAGCUCUGGCCUCUGUGAGCUCUGCUUCUCCAGACAAGUAAACCCCAAGGAGGACUGACCAGUGCUUGAAUUUCUAAACCAUGGCCCAUGGAUCAGUGAUGUUCAAUGAUGUGUCCAUAGUCUUCUCUCAGGAGGAGUGGGAAUACCUGGACUUGGAACAAAGGGACUUGUACAGAGAUGUUAUGUUGGAGAAUUACAGCAACUUGGUCUCAUUGGGAUGCUUCAUUUCUAAGCCAGAUGUGAUUUCCUUAUUGGAGCAAGGAAAGGAGCCCUGGAAAGUCGUGAGGAAAGGAAGGAGGCGAUAUCCAGAUUUAGAUACCAGGUAUGAGACCAAGAAAUUGUCUUCGGAAAAUGACAUUUAUGAAAUAAACUCACCCCAGUGGAAGAUAAUGGAAAGAAUAAAAAACCAUGGCCUUAGGGGCCUAAUUUUAAAAAGUGAUUGGGAGUCCAAAAGAAAAUUUGAAGGACAGGAGGGAUAUUUAAGUCAAAUUAAAACUGUAUCUCAAAAAGUGUCCUCUUACCAAAAACACACAUCUCUAACUCCACAACAGAGAAUUCAUUUUGUGGAGAAACCCUAUGAAUGUAAAGAAUGUGGGAAAACCUUUAGAGUACGCCAACAGCUUACUUUCCAUCACAGAAUUCAUACUGGUGAAAAACCCUAUGAAUGCAAGGAAUGCGGAAUGACCUUUAGACAAACUGCACAUCUUACUCGACAUCAGAGACUUCAUUCUGGUGAAAAGCUCUAUGAAUGUAAGGAAUGUGGAGAAUCUUUUAUAUGUGGCCCAGACCUCAGAGUACAUCAGAAAAUUCACAUUGGUGAGAAGCCCUAUGAAUGUAAAGAAUGUGGGAAGGCCUUCAGAGUGCGCGGACAACUUACUCUCCAUCAGAGGAUUCAUACUGGUGAGAAACCCUAUGUAUGUACAGAAUGUGGAAAGGCCUUUAGACAGUAUGCACACCUUACUCGACAUCAGAAGCUUAAUAACGCCGACAAACUCUAUGAAUGUAAAGAAUGUGGGAAGGCCUUUUUGUGUGGCUCUGGCCUUAGAGUACAUCACAAGCUUCAUACUGGUGAGAAACCCUAUGAAUGUAAGGAAUGUGGGAAGGCCUUUAGAGUAAGACAACAACUAACACUCCACCAGAGAAUUCAUACUGGUGAGAAACCCUAUGAAUGUAAGGAAUGUGGAAAGACCUUUAGUCGUGGUUAUCAUCUUAUUCUUCAUCACAGAAUUCACACUGGUGAGAAACCUUAUGAGUGUAAGGAAUGUUGGAAGGCCUUUAGUCGUUACUCACAACUUAUUUCGCACCAAAGUAUCCAUAUUGGUGUUAAACCGUAUGACUGCAAGGAAUGCGGGAAGGCUUUUAGAUUACUCUCACAACUUACACAACAUCAGAGUAUUCAUAUUGGUGAGAAACCCUAUAAAUGUAAGGAAUGUGGGAAGGCCUUUAGAUUACGCCAAAAACUUACUCUACAUCAGAGUAUUCAUACUGGUGAAAAACCUUUUGAAUGUAAGGAAUGUAGGAAGGCUUUUAGACUUAAUUCAUCCCUUAUUCAGCAUCUGAGGAUUCAUUCUGGUGAGAAACCCUAUGAAUGUAAGGAAUGUAAAAAGGCCUUUAGACAACAUUCACACCUUACUCAUCAUCUGAAAAUUCAUAAUGUAAAAAUACCCACCUAUCAACCCCCAAGGGUUUCCCAGCGAUCACCUCAGCAACGGCGAGAGCACCCGCGCUUGCGCACUCCGCGCAGCAAUUUGGGGCGGGGGCGGGCCCUCCCUACCGAAGACUACAUUUCCCACAGGCCUUUGCUCCUUGUUGCCUUCCGGCUUUCUAACUGGUGUCGGCUUGGAGAGAUCUGGCUUAUCAGGGCUUUGCAGUUCCCCAACAGAGAAAUCUUGAAAAGGACUAACCAGUUCUUGCAUUUUGAAACCAUGGCCCAUGGUUCAGUGACAUUCAGGGACGUGGCCAUAGACUUCUCACAGGAAGAAUGGGAAUUCCUGGACUCAGCUCAGAGGGACUUAUAUAGGGAUGUGAUGUGGGAGAAUUACAGCAAUUUCAUCUCACUAGCAGAACCUUCCAUUUCUAAACCAGAUGUGAUUACUUUACUGGAUGAAGGGAAGGAACCCUGGAUGGUUGUAAGGGAAGGGACCAGAAGACAUUGCUCUGAUUUGGAGUCCAGAUACAGGACCAAUACUUUAUCUCCAGAAAAGGACAUUUAUGAAAUAUAUUCAUUCCAGUGGGAGAUAAUGGAAAGAAUUAAAAGUUAUAGUCUUCAGGACUCCAUUUUUAGAAAUGAUUGGGAAUGCAAAGGCAAGAGUGAGGAGCAAAAGGAAUCACAGGGGCGAUAUUUUGGGCAAGUGAAAAUUACUUCUGAAAAAAUGACCACUUACAAAAAGCACAAUUUUCUUGCUGAAUAUCAGAGAGUUCAUAAUGGAGAAAAGUUAUAUGAAUGUAAGGAAUGUAGGAAGACCUUUAUUCGUCGCUCAACACUUAGUCAACACCUGAGAAUUCAUACUGGUGAGAAACCUUAUAAAUGUAAGGAAUGUGGGCAGGCAUUUAGACAGCGAGCACACCUUAUUCGACAUCACAAACUUCAUACUGGUGAGAAGCCCUAUGAAUGUAAGGAAUGUGGGAAGGCCUUUACAGUGCUCCAAGAACUUACUCAACAUCAGAGACUUCAUACUGGUGAAAAGCCCUAUGAAUGUAAGGAAUGUGGAAAGGCCUUCAGAGUCCAUCAGCAACUUGCUCGACAUCAGAGAAUUCACACUGGUGAGAAACCCUAUGAAUGUAAGGCAUGUGGGAAGACCUUCAGGCAGUGUACACACCUUACUCGACAUCAGAGACUUCAUACUGCUGAGAAACUCUAUGAGUGUAAGGAAUGUGGGAAGGCCUUUGUAUGUGGUCCAGACCUUAGAGUACAUCAGAAAAUUCAUUUUGGUGAGAAACCUUAUGAAUGUAAGGAAUGUGGAAAGGCUUUUAGAAUAUGCCAACAACUUACGGUCCAUCAGAGUAUUCAUACUGGUGAGAAACCCUAUGAAUGUAAGGAAUGUGGGAAGACUUUUAGAUUAAGGCAACAACUUGUUCGCCAUCAGAGAAUCCAUACUCGUGAGAAACCCUAUGAAUGUAUGGAAUGCUGGAAGACCUUUAGUAGUUACUCACAACUUAUUUCACAUCAGAGCAUUCAUAUUGGUGAAAGACCUUAUGAAUGUGAAGAAUGUGGGAAGGCCUUUAGAUUGCUCUCACAACUUACCCAGCAUCAGAGUAUUCAUACUGGUGAGAAACCUUAUGAAUGUAAGGAAUGUAGGAAACCUUUUAGACUGCUCUCACAACUUACUCAGCAUCAGAGUAUUCAUACUGGUGAGAAACCUUAUGAAUGUAAGGAAUGUGGUAAGGCUUUUAGACUUUAUUCAUUCCUUACUCAACACCAGAGAAUUCAUACUGGGGAGAAACCCUACAAAUGUAAAGAAUGUAAAAAGGCCUUUAGACAACAUUCACAUCUUACUCAACAUCAGAAAAUUCAUAAUGGAGUUUAAUACAAGAAAGCUUUCAAUUGUACAUUAUGUUACAGGAUCUCUAAAUCAUUUUUGAGGAUUUUGCUUCAUGACUCAGCUAAGCAUAAGAAAUUUUAUAUUACUGAAAAAAAUACGUUGCUUUAAAAGCCUUCUAUGACCAAACAUUGUUUAUCUUCAACAAAUUGGUAUGAGGGAACAAUACAAUGAAUGUAGGAAAAUCUUCAGCCUUAUCUAUCAUUAUCCCCAUUUCACUCCUUUAUUACCAGUGUGUUAUUGGACAAGGUACUUAAACUUCUGUGCCUCAUUUUGCUCACUUAUAAAAUGGUGAUAAUAGUACCUAUGUAUAUUAGUUAUUUAUUGCUCUGUAAUAAAUUGCCACAAACUUAGUAGCUUAAAAUAAUACACAUUAUCUCACAAUCUCUAUGGGUCAGGUGUCUGGGCAUAACUUUGGUGGGUCCUCUGCUUCAUGGUCUCUCAAAAAGCUAAACUAAAGGUUUUAGCCAGGGUGGGGUCUCAUCUGAAGGCUCAACAGGGGAAGGGAUCCAUUUCCAAUCUCACAUGGCUGUUGGUUUCUAGCUGGUUGAGGCUGACCUUAGUUCCUUGCCACAUGGACUUCUUCAACAUGACUGCUUAUUAAGUGUGCAAGCUAAGAGUGCAGUAGUCUACUAGCGUCAUAGAAGCAGUAAUCUUCUGUGACCUAAUCACCAAAAUAAUACCUUUUAGUCACCUUUGCUGUCUUCUACGGGUUAGAAGUAAGUUACUGUGUCACCCCACAUUCAGAGGUAGAGGAUUACACAAGAAUAUGAAUACCAGGCUGUAGGGACCAUUUCAGAGUCAGCCUGCCACACUGUAAUAGGAUUGUCUUAAGGAUUAAGUAGUUAAUGCUUGGAAAAAUAGCUACAUAGCAUGUUUUCUGUAAAUAUUACCUACAAUUGUUAUCAUUAGUAUUAGUGAAUUCAUAUGAAAGGAAUUUACUGUAGAAGUAGAAAAUGUAGAAAUGCCUCACGUCAUUGCUCAGCACUUACUAAACUUAAGAUAAUUUAUUCCAGAUAAAAUCUAGGAGGUUAUAUUGAAUGCAAGGAUUUCAUCAUUUGAGCCGCAUCUGUCAUUUCAUGCUAAAAAGAAACCUUACAAAUUUCAUGAAUGUGAGGUUAAGCAUACAAAAAUUAAAGAAUCAGAAAAACAUGAAAUUAUUUUCCCGUAAUAAAUUCCAAAAAGUAAAUGUUUUGGAAUUCCUGUUGUCUGACCACUGUUAAAGAUAAAUUAGAAACAUCAAAAAGAUGGCAGAAACUAACCAGUUGGAAAUUUAAUAUUGUGUGUAUAUGUGCACCUGUGUGUGUAUGUUUGUAUGUAAAAAUCAUAUAAAAGAAAGAUCAUUCCAUUACAGGCAGUAUACGGUUUAUUGCUCAAAUUGCCCCAUCAUCAACCAGUGGGAGUUGAGUUGUUUGCCAUGACCCCACUUGAAGUUUGAUAGUUUACUUGGUUACAGCUGCACUGUUUGGUCAGCAAUCAAAGAUGUUUGGGCACCAACUCAUUCUGAAAGUUGAUAAGGGGUAAAAUAAGCAUUUAUUUUGCUUUUUCCAUGUGAACCAACUUUCAGGGCCACCAAAAGCUCCUCAAAUUAAGACGUUUUUGUUUUGUUUCAUUUCUAAGAAAUCAGUAAAUACAGAAUGAAUGAUAGGAUCAGAAAAAUUACUAUUUUCUAGUUCCCUAGAUGGGUCCAGAAAAUUAUCUUUGGUGGAUAUUAAAACUAUUGGGUGAAAUAUUUUAUAGUUAGAACUUUACAGUGGAUUUAUCAAGCUGACCACCUCUGAAUCCUUUGAUCAAUUUUAACCGCUAUAAAAGUGGGACUAUCAGAUAAUACCCACAUCCUGAUAAAAUGCAGUAGGAAAUACCACUCUGCCUACGAAGCCUUACUGCCAAAACAGUGAACUGAAGGAAGCAAGCCUUUGAAUCAAACUCUUUAAAAAUGAGAAUUUGGGGGAUAGAGGAACAGAGUUAAUGGCACCAAAAGGAAGUAGCCAAGCAGAUCCAGAAUGUGUAAAAUUCUACAAAACAAGUGACCCUGAUUUCUUCAACUAAGUGGCAUGAAAAAGAAAAGGGGAAGAGCAACAGUUACAGAUUGAGAGACUACAGAGAUCUGUCAACUAAAUUCAGCAUGUGGGCAUUGCUUGGCCCUAAUUUGAACAACAUGUAAAAAGACAUUUUGGAGACAGUGGGGAAAAGUGGAUGUGCUUUGAGUAUUAGUUGAUAUUUAGAAAUACUAAUUUUGUUAGGGAUGAUAAUAUCAGUGUGGUUAAAAGAGAAGAGGUUCUAUGUGUUAGAGAUACAUAUAUGUUUAAGAAAUGGUAAGACACCAGAUUUGCAUUUUAAUUCUCCAGGAAAAGAAAAAAAGAAUUGGCAAAGAAAGCUGGGAAGUAGAUUGGCAAAAUGUUGAUAAUUAUUGAAGCAGAGUGGUUUGUAUUGGGUUUUUUGUUUUGGGGGGGAGUUCAUUGUUCUAGUAUUUCUACUCUACAUGUUUGAAAGUUUCAGUAAUAAAAUGUUUAAGAUCAAAACUGAAAUUUACAGCCUGCUUAGAAAUGAUUGUUAAUGAGAUGUGUGCAUCUAAACUUGUCAGAUGUCAUCAAAGUUCUGUUCUGUGAGAAAUUUGUCCCCUUUAAUGCAUUGUAAGGAAGUUUCAUUUGUGGACCUAGUCUUCAUCUUCACCUUAUCCAUAGCAGUCAACAGGGCCUGUCACAUAAAUACAUGUAUUAAGGGAGAGUGAAUACUUAAUGUCAAAAAA